AAGGAAGUAAGAGACAGACAGACACAGUGAGAGUGAGUGAGAGAUAGAGUGAGUCAGAGAGAAAGGAAUAUCACUGAACACUGAGCGCGUUAGUAGACACAGUGCGUCUUGAACAAUUUGGGAAGUUUCCAAAAAGGAUCCUUUAUAAACCGUCACCUUAAUGUCGGGACUGCUGAAUAUUACCCUACCGAUGCUAUGGUUACCUUUAUUACGGUCUUACAGGUGAAUCUAGUGAUGUCCAUCUUUCUUUACGUGAUAUUUCUCACGUACCUUUACUGUGUCUCUAUCACUGCCAUGAAUAAGCAGCGGCCCACACAGGACCCCAUCAACACGCUCAUUGUCAAGCUGCUGCAGGCUGACAUAAGCCGCAGCCGGCAGAAGCAAGAUGAAGGGAACCAGGAUACUCCUCUGCACACUUCCCUUAAUGUACCUACAGAUACAGAAUACCCCCAGCAUGUCAGCCCAUCUGCUUACCAGUCUAAGAGGGCUAUGGCUGAUGAGCUGUUCAGGCAACAUAAGCGCUACAACUCACCACGAGUGUUACUGAGUGAGCGGCCACCUCUGCAGCCUCCACCACUGUACCUCAUGGAUGACUUUGAGAGUGCCCAUGACACUCAGAGCAGCAAUAAGACACGGCAGAAGCGUUAUGCUGAGCACAAGAGCUAUCGUGGUGAGUUCUCUGUCUGUGACAGCAUGAGCCAUUGGGUAACAGACAAGACCACAGCGGUGGACAUCCAUGGCUAUGAGGUCUCGGUGCUUACGGAGGUUGAGAUAAAACGGUCGACUAUGAAGCAAUACUUUUAUGAGACAACCUGCCAGAACAGCAAGCCAAUUAAGAGUGGCUGCCGAGGCAUCGAUGACAAGCACUGGAACUCACAGUGCAAAACCUCACAGACGUAUGUACGUGCACUCACCAAGUACAACAACGUGAUGAACUGGCGCUGGAUAAGGAUAAACACCUCAUGUGUUUGUGCACUUUCACGCAAACACCGCAGGACGUAAUAAUAAAGAAAACCCUGUGUUGUGCAACUAAUCCACUGUCUUUCUGUUUUAUCCUGGGAGGAUGUAAAUAUGAUAUAAAUUAUUAUUUAAGUUAUAUGAAAUGCAUGUAGUCUAUACAUGUCUAUAUGAUGUAUAAAUAUAUUUGUGUUAUUUAUUUAAGUUGUUAUCUAAGCAUAUUGUAAAAAAAAAAACCUGGAUGGACUUAAGAUGAUUUAAGACAUUACCACGGAUCUAUAAGAGCAUUACAGGGUAAAACUAUGUGCCUUGCUUAACAUCUUCACCAACAGUCAAAGGACAUAUCACUUGUUUGGACCUAAAUCCUGGGAUCAGCUGCAAUUGAAGUCUAAACUUUAGUGUAGUUUUAGUUAAAAAAAACUAUCAUUUACCAAUCACAUCCUCAUCACUCAACAACAGUAUUGCUGAAGACUGUACUACUGAUACUGUGUUUUCAUAUCUGGGAAAAAGAAGUCAUAGUUCAGAUGAUCUUAUUUACUUUGGAGAAAUCUGCCACAGAGCAUAUGUGGUAAACAUGUCUUGGAAAAUGCAUGGAAUAAUUAAGAAAUAUAUAUUUUUGUAUAACUCAUCUUCUUGUGCACAGAAUGCAAUGCAUAUCGGUAUACUGGUCAUGUAAACCUAUGUACAGAAAAAUAGUUAACUGCAAAUAUCAGAGACAUUGUACCCAUGGUCAGCAAUGAACUUCCCAGUAUAGCAAUGAACUCAAGAAGUGGAGUCGAAUAUUUUUUUCAUAUAUCCGAAUGAAGUCACAAUAAUCAGAUCAUUGUUCAAACUUUCACAUUCCUGAUUUUUGGGGUGGGGGUUCGAAGGGUAGUGUAGGCCUUUCUUAGUCUCCUUAAUAUUAAAAACUUUACUGGGCCUAAGCAUUAACUGCAUUAAGAAUUUAGAAGGAUGGAAAAGAGGUAUUGUGAUUUCAUUAAGUAAUAGAGCUGACUGAAUGAAACUCUUUACCAAAUGGAGAAAUAAUGGGUACAUAGACAACUUACCUUCUCAAAGGCCAUGUUCAGAUUACCAGAGACUAAGCCUUUGACCCAGCUCACUAAAUAGUAGAAUUGAUUCUUCUUGGUGCUGAUUGAUUUAAGUUGAAUCAGUACUACUUCCAAUGGUUUAUUUUCCAAAAUCUCUAUGUCAUAGCAACGGGAACAAGCCAGCAAAUCACCAUUAUCUGUCUGUUGUUAAUCACAAAAUGUACUUAUGGAGGAGUAAAGCUGUACUGAGAUAGUAUACAUACUCGGAUCCGAGUACUGUUAAGAGGGUUUGCCUUUCUUGGAAUUAUUUUAAGGAUUAUCUUGAGGGACACUUGAAAGGAACGAUAUGAAAGAAAUAUAGCUGAUUUUUCUCCCUUUUUCGUAUGUGACUUUUUAAAUAUGUGGAAGAUAAUCUCUUGAUUCUAGUAGGAUUUUGUUCUUAGUACAGUACCUUACCACCACCGCCACCACCACCUCUAAGGCAAAUGUUGAUAUUCCCAACAGCUGUUUCUUGUUAACACUGUGCUGUGCUGUUACAUAGUCGUUAUAUAAAAAAUGUAUUAAAGACAUGUCUAUCUUUCA